AUGUUAUUCUCUACCUGCAACAAUGACGACUCGAUCGGACCCAGUGUUUCGGGUUGUCGCGAUGAGUUCGACUUCACUGUUGUCUUCGAGCUGCUCUUCUUCACCAUCGUGCCUUCAGCGUUAUUUGUAGGGCUUUCUAGUUGGCGGGUAGCCUUGUUGAUCAAGCGGCCUGUCGUCGUUAAUGCACCCUUUUUACAACUUAUCAAGCUAUGUGCUAUCAUGCUCUACAUCGGGCUCCAGCUUGGGUUGGUUAUCUUGGUCAGCGUCAGCUCAUUCAGUCUCACGAGGCUCUUCGUUGCUUCCGCUGUCAUGCAAUUUAUUGCAGCUUUAUGGAUGGUGAUCCUGUCCUUCUUUGAGCACAGCAGAUCUCCACGUCCCUCGUUUCUUCUGAGCAGUUACUUGUUCGUUACGCUAUUGUUCGAUGUUACCGAGACUCGCACGUUCUGGCUAGCAUCAGCAACCAAGCCAGAAAUGACCUUCACAAGUGUCUUCACAGCGACGAUGGCAUUGAAAGUCGUCUUGAUGCUGCUAGAAGCACAGCAUAAGACUAAAUGGGUCAACUGGGACACGAAAGAGCCCCACAGCCCCGAGGAGACUUCUGGCAUUUUCGGCCUCGGGGUGUACUUCUGGCUGAACGCGCUCUUCGUACAUGGAUACCGAUCUAUCCUACGAAUUGAAGACUUGUAUCCGCUAGACCGAUCGAUGAAGGGAGCAACACUCGACGAGCGAUUUCAACGUCAUCUUGACUAUAGAAAACUCCGGCGUAGCAAGUAUGGCCUCGUGAAAGCACUCUGUCGUACGCUCACAGUACCACUGGCUCUACCGAUUCUUCCACGACUGUUUCUCCUCGGCUUCACAUUCUGCCAGCCCUUUUUCAUCAACAGUCUCUUGCAAUAUCUUGCCAAGGAUGAGGCUCUUGUCUCGCCAAAUGCCGCUUACGGCUUCAUCGGCGCGAGCAUUCUUAUCUUCACUGGUAUUGCCGUCUCAAUGUCAGUUUACGAAUACUUACACCAUCGGUCACUUCAAAUGGUCCGCGGAUGUCUUGUGGCUGCUAUCUAUACAAAGACAACAGAGGCUGAGACCAACACAAGCGAAGAGUCUGAAUCUGUAACCCUCAUGAGCAGCGAUCUAGAAAGAAUCCGAAUGGGCUUUCGGAGUUUGCAUGACAUGUGGGCGAGUGUCAUUGAGGUUGGUCUUGCCAGCUGGCUUCUGUAUAACCAGCUCGGCGUAGCCUUCAUUGCUCCAAUCAUCGUUGUCAUUGCUUGUACUGGUGGUACAUCGUUCGUCAUUAGGUUCACGGGAGACUCUCAGAAAGCAUGGAUGGCUGGAGCCCAGAAACGUGUUGGACUUACAGCAUCGGUCAUUGCCAACAUGAAGAACCUGAAGAUCUCCGGCCUGACCUCGCCUGUUGGCGAGUUCGUACAGCGUCUUCGUGUGGACGAGUUGAGAGCCAGGUUCUGCCCCCUAUUUUUCUCUCCCGUCUUUACGUUUGCCUUUGCCCAGAGAUCGCUCGAUGCGACAAGGAUCUUUACAUCACUGUCAUACCUAACUCUACUCGCCAACCCCCUUUCGCAGCUUUUCCAGGGUAUACCACAACUACUUUCCGCGGUGGCAUGCUUGGACCGGAUCCAAACAUUCCUUGGGUCAAAGUCACGAGAGGAUUUCCGCGAGGAAAGCAUCGUCGUGGGAGGUCUUCAACAGAAGGGGUCGGCUGAUCGUUCAGUUCAUACAGGCUCCGAGCUAGGCGCACGCUCUGCAGUAGUGAUCAGAGGCGGCAACUUUGGCUGGGUUCCGGAGAAGAUGGCUCUCAAGGAUAUCAAUAUGGACGUUCCCAAGAAUUCUUUCACCAUCAUUUGUGGACCAAUCGCAUCUGGCAAAUCUACACUAUGCAAAGCUCUGCUAGCUGAAGUCCCAUUUCAGGAGGGCUCUGUUACCUUCGGGAUGGGCAUUUCUCGGAUCGCAUACUGCGACCAAUCACCAUUUUUAUCGAACGGUAGCAUUAGGGAUAACAUUACAGGUUUUACGGCUUUCGAUGAAAAUCGAUAUUCUGAAGUUAUUGGCGCUACAAUGCUCGAAGCCGACUUGCGCGCAAUGCCCUUGGGUGAUCGGACCAACGUUGGCAGCAACGGAAUUACGCUAUCUGGGGGUCAGAAGCAGCGCGUGGCUUUAGCUCGAGCUCUCUAUCUCCAAACCGACCUGCUUAUUUUCGACGAUGUAUUUAGUGGUCUCGAUGCUGAUACUGAGGAGCAAGUCUUCUACCGCGUAUUUGGCCCAGAAGGACUGAUCAGACGGCGACAAGCAACGAUUAUUCUAUGUACCCACUCUGUUCGUCACCUUCCAGCAGCGGACUGUGUUAUUGCGCUCGGUCCUGACGGUGCUAUCUUGGAGCAAGGCAGCUUUGCUGAACUCAUAAAAAACGAGGCAGGCUAUGUCAACAGCCUGGGAGUCAAAUCAUUGAGCAACAGCUCCUCGGAAGCCUCGGAGUAUGGAGACGAUGCGGGUGAAUCUCGACCAGAGCUGCUCCGGCGCUAUACCACCGCAUCAUCUAUAGUCUCGGAAUCUGCAGAUAGCAGUCGCCAACUGGGGGAUCGAAAAGUAUACAAACUGUACUUCAAGUCCAUGGGUUAUACUCUCACAUUUGCAGUAUUCUUUUGUGGUGUUGCACUCGGAUUCUUCAACAACUUCCCUACGAUCUGGUUGAAAUACUGGAGUGAUGACGCCUCCACGUCAAACCCAACGCAUUCGUCUAGUUUUUACAUCGGAAUAUACGGUCUACUCAAUGCCAGCGCCAUGUUUUCGCUGCUGGGGCUAGGUAUUGGCAUUUUUGUCCUGGCCAUCAAACGGGCUGGCGCCAACCUACAUAACGACGCAUUGAACACAUUAGUCAGAGCUCCGUUACGAUUCUUUACGACCACCGACCAAGGCCAGAUUGUCAACCUGUUCAGCCAAGACAUGAACCUCGUCGAUACGGAGCUCCCGAAUGCGUUACUAAACAGCAUCUAUGCAGUAUUUGUCGCUAUCGGGCAGGCUGCUGUGCUGGUGACUACUUCACCUUACAUGGCCAUUAGCUAUCCAUUCUUAGUGGCCAUUCUCUGGGCCGUGCAGAAGUUCUACCUGCGUACCUCUCGACAAAUGCGGUUGCUGGAUCUAGAGGCCAAAAGUCCCCUUUAUACCCAUUUCCUAGAUACCACGAAGGGUAUUGUAACCCUGCGUGCAUUCGGCUUUCUCAAAGAAGACCGCGCGAAGAACAUUGAGCUGCUCGACACGUCACAGCGCCCUGCUUAUCUGCUCCAAAUGAUCCAGAACUGGCUGAAUCUCGUUCUUGGUAUGGUGGUCAUGGCCUUGGCGGCAGUUCUCACCGCACUUGCGGUAAAGACACGCUCCAACUCUGGAUUCACCGGUGCAUCAUUGGUAACUUUGAUGCUUUUCGGCGAAAAUCUCACGUCCAUCGUGCGCUUCUUGACACAAUUGGAAACGAGUCUGGGUGCCAUAUCUCGUCUGAGGAGGUUUAAUGAAACUGUCAAGCCUGAGCACCGGCCAGACGAAGACAUUUUCCCACCAGAGGAGUGGCCGCAAAACGGAGCAAUCGAGCUGAAAGGUGUGUCUGCUAGUUACGGCAUUGAUGAUUCCAACGAGGGCGACGAGAAGGCAGAUCUGGCGAUUCGGGAUGUCAAUCUCAAUAUCGCACCAGGGGAGAAAAUAGCUGUUUGUGGCCGAACUGGCAGCGGCAAAUCUAGCUUGAUUGCUCUCCUGCUCAAGCUCUUGGAUCCUACCACAGCAACAAUCACUGGUGCGUACAUUGACAACAUUGCUCUGUAUAAGAUAGACAGGUCCGCCCUCCGCCGCCGGAUCAUCGCUAUACCCCAAGACGCCAUUUUUCUGCCUGAUGGGUCAUCUUUUCGCGCGAAUCUGGACCCGUUUGAUGAUGCGACCUCAGCCGAUUGCCAUUCCGUGCUCCAGGCUGUAGAUCUGUGGACCUUCGUUCAGGAAAGAGGCGGUCUCGAAGCGGGAAUGAGCCCUGCCACUUUCAGCCAAGGGCAGAGGCAGCUGUUCUCGCUUGCGCGCGCGGUCCUUAGGAGACGCCUCCGAGCCAAGAGUCUCGGCCUUGGAGGCGGCGGAUCCGAAGGCGGAAUCCUCUUGUUAGACGAGGUCAGCUCGAGUGUGGAUCGGGAAACGGAGAGAGCUAUGCAGGAAAUCAUCAGGGUUGAGUUCAAAGAGUACACUGUGGUUGCUGUCUCCCAUCAUCUAGACAUGAUAUUCGACUUCGAUAGAGUGGUGGUUAUGGACAAAGGAGAGAUAGUGGAGAUAGGGGACCCGAAGAUACUAUCUCAGGGAUCAACGAGGUUUGGUGAAUUGUGGAGGGCAGGCGGGAAUUAA